AUGGGUCAAGUAAAAGAGCUUUCGCAAGAUCCUGAGGACAAAUUAUCAGCGAUUUUUUGGAUCUUAGCAAAAAAAGCUCACUCACAGGACAUGAAAGAAAAAUGGAAAGAGCAGCAUCAAAAGUGCGUCCCGUGCGAAAUGAGAUACAAAUACAUUGUUCACCAAACCGACGAGCAGAACAUCAUCAACACUGUCUACGGAGAAAUCGCCGCUACAGGGACAACGGAAGGCCCAGAAAGAACACUAACAGACGAAAACGAAGAACUUCUAGCAACAGUGGACAGAUCAGCACUAGAAUUGGUUUACAAACGAUUUUUUGGUGAUUUUGUUUACUUUGGUUUCUCGUCGUCAUAUGUUCGAAAAAUAUUAACAGCUUCAAAAUACAGAAAGAAUGAUGAAAUUUGGGCUGAGAAACUGAAUCAGAAAACAGACAGUGAAGCAGACUACCUUUCUUGUUUAUAA